AUGCCCGAAUCGGUCAGCCACCUACGAGGCGGCCAAAAACGCCUCGAGGCAGCGUGGGACAGAUUCAACGCGGCACAGGCAGAGCGUGAAGAGGAGAUUCGUCGACCAGCCAAGAAAAUCGACGUCAUGUCAGAAGAUGAGUAUCAGCGAAUCCAAACUGCCCGUGGACAACUGGUCAGCUUUUACAAUAGUCUACGUGAUCACUGGGAUGAACAGUAUAACCGCAUCAGUAAAAGGUAUAUCAGGGCCUUUUUCAACAAAUACCACCCAGAUAUUACCUCACUUGGCGAGGAAUCAUUAUCUAGAAUUGUGAAUUGGGUAUCGGUCAUGAUAGUUGAAUGUUCCAUUGUCCUCUCUGACCCAUAUUUCCCAAGUCAUGAUUCUCGGCCACCAAGCACCGAUCCUUUGAAAGACAUCCCUGGAUACCGCAGCGUUGAGGGCUCCAGAGAAGAACUUUUGAAGGGCAUUUUGAUGGAGCGAUUACAUUUCUCUGACGGUCCAGACGAGAGAAAUAGAAAGAUUGAAAUGCUUACGAAGAAAUUCGGAGGUUAUCCAGGCUUUUAUGAUUGGAACAUCCAGUCCGCUUAUGGGAUGGGAUUAUCGCAUGACUUCAAGAAAUUCGAUACUCCAUACCUCGUGAGAAAUCUCAAGAGCGAGACUCAAAGCGAUGAUAUAUGGAAACCCAAGGAUCAAGAAUUGGCCAAAUGGAUUUUCGAAGACGAGGAAAGAGAGGUGGAUUUUGGAAUGGUCAUUAACAUGAUUGUGAUGGCGAGUCUCCUGAAGCUAAAAGCCAUAGGGGCAGGCGCGUCAAGAAUGUGCUGGUCUAUACCCGAGGGCACUGGCAAUGGUCCAAUCCAAGAUGAACUUGAUAAAAUCAAGAAAUUGAUUGAAAAAGACGCAAAGAGCCAAAAGAUUUGGCAGAACAUUCUGGAGAUGUGGGAGGAUGGGAAAGUGGAAGAUAACUUGCAGCUUCUCAUUGAUGACGGCCUGAAGAAGGCCGUCGAGGAUGGACUAAUUCAUUAA